AUGGGUAUACAGACGGCCGCAGCGGCGGCGGCGGCGGUAGCAUCGGCAGGAGCGGCGGCGGCGCGGACGGGUUUGGCCAGAGCGCCGUCACCGACAGCAGCAUCGGCGGGAGCGGAGGUGGUGCGGACGGUUUCGGUCAGAGCGCCGUCACCGACAGCAGCAUCGGCGGGAGCGGAGGUGGUGCGGACGGUUUCGGUCAGAGCUCCGUCUCCGACAGCAGCAUCGGCGGGAGCGGAGGUGGUGCGGACGGUUUCGGUCAGAGCUCCGUCUCCGACAGCAGCAUCGGCGGCGGCGGCGUCCGCGGUCGCCGCGUUGGCGUUGGGUGUACAGACGGCCGCAGAGGCGGCAGUGUUGACGGCGGCGGCGGCGGUAGCAUCGGCAGGAGCGGCGGCGGCGCGGACGCGUUCGGCCAGAGCGCCGUCACCGACAGCAGCAUCGGCGGGAGCGGAGGUGGUGCGGACGGCUUCGGUCAGAGCUCCGUCUCCGACAGCAGCAUCGGCGGCGGCGGCGUCCGCGGUCGCCGCGUUGGCGUUGGGUGUACAGACGGCCGCAGAGGCGGCAGUGUUGACGGCGGUGACGGGGGUAACGGCAGCGGCGUCAGCAGCAGCGGAGUCCCCGGUCGCCGCGUUGGCUUCGGGUUUCCAGACGGCCGCAGCGGCGGCGGUAGCGACAUCGGUGAUGGGGGUUACGGCAACGGCGACAACAGCAGCGGCGUCCCCGGUCUUCGCAUUGGCGUCGGGUGUCCAGACGGCUGCAGGGGCGGCGGCGGCGGCACUGGUGACGGAGCGAGGACAGCGGCGGCGAUGGGAGCGGGGAAAGGGGUUGGAUCAAACCUGGAGUGGAGCCCCGAUGCACCCGUUCGACCCCGGUACGACAUUAUCGUGUGGCGCUAGGAGACGGGGGGCAGUACCAGGGUCGGCGUACCCCUUCGAUAGGGGCAGGAACGGGAGUGGCAGCUCCGGCGGCGGCAACGUCGGCAACAGCGGCAGCUGCAACAGCGACGCAACAGCGACGGGAGUGGCGGCUUCGGCCAGAGCUCCGGCGGCGACACCGGCUGCAGCAGGAGAAGCGACGGGAGUGGCUGCUUCGGCCAGAGCUCCGACGGCAGCAGCAGGCGGCAGCGGCGGCUUCGGCGAGAGCCUCGUCGGCGGCAGCGGCGACAACGGCGGCGGUAGUAGAGGCGGCAGUAGCGACGUCACCGGAAGCCGUGAUGCGCCUGAACUCGUGACGGUCGUGGCGGCGGGGAACGGCAACGGCGGCGAUGGCAGCGGCGGCAGCAGCGGUAGCGCCCUUGAGUCGACCGGGAACGGGGAGGACAAGGCAUAUACGUUUUAG